GACACGCGGCACUCGAUCGUGCAGGAUCGUCGGUUCUUUCAAAUAUUUAUUAUCAAAAAGUCAUGUGCCGGUAAUCAGUAUACAUCAUUAAAAUAGAGAAAUGAUAAAUAAUCACGAUAUUAGAAAAAAAUCAAUAAAACAAAGAAAUGGAUCAUCGAGUGAUGUUAAUAUUAAGUGCAAUGUCAACUGGCAGUUGAGUAGUAAUAUAAUAAUAGUGUGACCUAGUGUAAUAUUUUUUUUUUUUUUAUUAAAUGAAAAAAGAAUUUCGACAUGUGAUAUAGCACUUUGGAUUAUUAUUUAAUUUUUUUUCUAAAAAAAAAAAAAAAUCAAAAAAUUGAUUUUAGUGCACAUGGGUGGUCGGUUGUUGCGGCUCUUGGGUUCACCAGGGAACGAUUGACCCCUUCCCCCCACGAGUACCUACAUGCACACGAGUACCUGGCCCAGGCCACGAGCUUCUAUAGCUGGCUAUGGGCAAGCACUUAAUAACUCACUUGGAAUCUCGAGAUACCGAUAAGAAAUUCCGCGUUGGGUCCAUUGACGGUUAUAGAGCGAUUAAACAACAAAAACGGUGGCUGAAAAAUCAACAAAAUAAAAGGGGGGGAAAUUUUCUCGUUAGUGACAAAAAAUUGAUACAACAAUCACGUGUAAAAACGAAAAGUAUUUUUAUCAUUAAUUUACUAUUUUUAACGUGGAUGUGUAGUACUAUUGUGACAGGUGUACCAAUGCCUAAGCAAACGAAAAAAAUUAGCAAUUACGAUCAGACUUUCGAGAUGAUCAAUGUGAAUAGUUUUGAUUUUGAAGAUGAGGAGGAUAACGAUAUCCUCGAGCAACGAAGCAAUGUUAAACGUCGUCUUGAGGAAGAAGACCUAGAGACGAUUAGGUCCAGCAUCGUGGAGGGUCUCGGUCUCCAGAGGAUACCUGAUCCAACCAAGGCGAAUAUAAGUCAGACCGAAUAUGAAAGAGCACACAGAGACUACCUUACGAGGAUACAAACGUCCGGACACGAGCGGCGAAAAAGACUUUUCACAUUUUACCCAUCAGAGCAUUCUGGUAAUGGAAGCUGCUGUGGCGGUUUAUUGGAUGACAGACCACUUGAGAGCCUCACCUUUCACCUGAACAUCCCCGACAGGAUUCAUUCCACCGUGGACCAUUCGACUCUCAGGUUCCUCCUCAGUAGCCAAUACAAUCAGAUUCAAAGUCUGAACAUUCUAAUUUACGAGUCACUCCAAAGUGGAGCCGCUCGACGAUUAAUUUCAAAACGCAAGUUACUGAAUCAAAAUCAACCUCAGGCAUCGCAAUGGAUCGAAUUCGAUUUAACUGAUGCUGUAUUAUCAACAUUGAACGAGGAGAAUCAUCAUUUAAUUUUACAAUUGGAAUUUCAACAACAAAAUGGAAUACCAAUUGAAUAUAUAAUUUUUUCACCUGUUCUCAAUAUAUUUACAACAACAUAUAAUAGUCGAACAAUAAGAAAUAAACGUGGAGCACACGAUCAAUUGAUCUCAUUGCAUAAGGGUCGUCGUACCGAAUGUCGUGGUGAUAAUAAAAAAUGUUGUCGACAUCAAAUGACAGUUAUUUUUAAAGAUUUAAAAGGUUUUGAAUUUAUCAUUCAACCAAAAACAUUUGACGCUGGCUAUUGUAAGGGUAGAUGUCCACCACGUUAUAAUCCAGCGCAUCAUCAUGCUCUAUUGCAAAGUCUCAUUUGGAAGGAGGACAGAAGAAAAGCACCACGACCAUGUUGUGCACCAAGUAAACUCGCCGAACUUGAAAUUCUCUAUUUUGAUGAAAAUGAUCCGACAAAAUUAAAAAUCUCCAAUUGGAAGAAUAUGAAAGUUCUUGAGUGCGCGUGCUCUUGAGGAGACGCGAUUACUCUUUUUUUUCUGUUUUUACUAACUAUAUAGUGUCUAUUAUCAAGUCGCACCAAAGAAAUAAUAAUUUGUCGCGAGAAUUUUGCAUUUCGAAAAAGAGAGAGAGAGAGAGAGAGAGAGAGAUAUUUAAAAUAUCGAACAAUGCCUUUUUCGGCAAAAGAAGAUCUUAAAAUAAUAUUUUAUUUGUAAAAACACACGAAAUAUGUUUUUUACAUAUAAACAUUGUAACAAAAUGUGUCUUUAUCGACAAAAGUGUCAGAGAAAUAAAUUUUAUGUGAUAUACUAAACAACUUCCACAUAAACUAAAUUUUGAAAUUUUAAAAAACGUUUUCAAUUGACAAGAAUUUUAAUAUUGAUGUACGAAUAAUUUCAAUUGAAUUUAAAAAAAAUUCAAAUACUAGAAAACGAUAAUAUUUAAUAUUGCAAACUAUAAUUAAAAAUUUAAACAUAUUUCUAUUGAAAAUAAUAAUGAAAACCAAUUUUAUAUCCCCAAUCAUUUGAUUAUAGAAAUCAGAUUUUAUAAAUUUUGA